AUGCCAAAACUUUACGUUCAUAAAAUGUUAUCGAUAGCAUUAAAGACAUCAGAUCAGCGCAAUCUUGACCGUUAUCCAGUACAGGUUCAUGUUCUAGUUGAUGUUGAUGCUAAUAUAAGCAAUCAAUUGGAGGAACGACUACAUGAGGUCAAAGAUAAAUAUACUGGUGAAUACAUUCUUAUCAUUCCUUAUGAUUCGGGAAACUUUCAUUGGAUUGGCCUGUUAAUACAAUUUAAGGAUGAUAAACAGAUUCAACGUGCUGUAUAUAUUGAUCCCGUGAACGAAUCAAAUUAUUCUCCCAUCAAAUUGCAAGAACAAUUUAAUAAAGUUUUUUCCAACUUUAUUUUGCAGCCAAGAACCGCUUUGCAUAGAGGUAACCAGACCGAAAGUGCUUCGUUAAUCGUUAAAAACUUGCUGGAAGCAAUUGCUGAAUCUAAGUGCAAACAAGUUUAUCAUUCAACCACCAACAAAUCAUCUGAUCAAGUCAAUAAUACAAUGCCGUUAUCAAGUAAAACUCUUAAACUUUUUCAUUUAAGAAGCAUGUCUAUAAAUGACAGAGAAGAUGACUCUGAUGAAUUCACUUCAACUUUUUUAGUGAAAGUACCACAAAUCGAUGAUCCAUCUAAAAAAUCAGAUGAAUCAACCAAAGAAAGUGAGCUUUCAAAGUUUGAGACAAAACCGUGUAGUACUCUUAGUCUGGAGUUUAUAAAAUCUUGUUCUAAAGAUGACUGUCAAAUCACAAAUGAAAGCCUAAAAGACACUUAUAAAGGUUUUUAUUUAAUGCCAUCGUGCACAGAGAGAUUUCUACUUAGUUUACAGUACCUUAUUUCUCUCAAAUUAGUUGAUCAGAAUAUUAGUUUAGAUCAUAGUAUUGAACUAUUCGAUUGUAGGAAGUUAGAAAUGGGUGAAGAACUUCAAUGUUUAAAGGACCGUCUAAAAUUAGAAGAAAUUUUAUCAAUAAAAAUUCACGACGCAGUUGAGACACUUUCAAUACACAUUAAAAAUAAAAAUUGGAGAUCUUCUCUAGCUAUAUUAAAAGACAUACAGCAUGAGAUAAUGCCAUUGAAUAUUUAUGAGCUAUUUCGAUUAGUGAAAAAUGUCGAUGACACAGCAAAUUUAAUAAAAGACAAGAAGAUAAUCUUUUUUCUUGGUAAUACGGGCUCAGGUAAAUCCACAACUAUACAUUUUCUUGCAGGUUCUAAAAUGAUCAGGACAAAUAUCCAAGGAUUGAAUCAUAUAGCACCGACAGAGAUAAGAAAUUCGGAUUUGAAACGAGUUGUAACAGCACCAUUUGCUAAAUCUAUAACUCGGUGUAUCACACCAGUUACUGUUUGUUUUAAAGAUAUAGGUGCAUACGGACAUGAUAGUAUUAUCUUAUGUGAUAGUCCAGGUUUCGAUGAUACUAAUGGUUCUGAAAUAGAUAUUGCUAAUGGAAUAGCAAUAGUUCGAGCUAUACAAGCAUGUGAAAGUGUAAAACCAGUUGUAUUGAUUAGUUACAAAAGUAUUGGUGAUAGAUAUGAAGGAUUGAAGGAUCUUACUCAUACACUAGCUAGAUUGAUUCAAAAUAUCAAGCACCAGAUCAAAGCUUUCUCUUAUAUAUUCACAAAAUAUCCUGAGCAUGAAAAAGAAACGGUGCAUGCAUCAUUAGAAACUAUUAACGAUACACUUAGUGAUCAAGAGAGAUGUGAUACUAAUUUUAUGAGUAUACUUAAAGAUAUGCUUGAAAAAACCAAAAAGAAAGCAUACGUUUUAGACCCCAUUCAGGAUGAUCCAAGUACGAUUCUUGAUGAAGUUGCAGAUUCUACCGCUAUCAAUCAUCCAGAGAAUGUUUUUCAAUUUUUCAUUACAAAAAAAUCUCAAACUAUUCUAGAUAUGCAGGUGAUAAAAUAUGAAUUGAGUAUUAAAUUAGCAACUAAGCGUUCAGAAUAUUCGUUAGUAAAAUACAUACUUGAUCAAUUAAAGUUUUUAAGUGAGCUAUUAAAUCAAGAAUCUGUUAAUCAAAUUUACAUAAAUUGUACUAAAGAUGUAACUAGGCAUCUUUUUGAAGAAUAUCAGAAAGCGAUAUUGAUAUUGAAUCAUAGUUUAUUAGAAGAAACAGUUUUAAUUGAUGAAGAGAUAAAACAAUAUCGAACCUAUGUUGAUCGUGGUAGUCUGGCAGAAGAUUUAAGAAAAACACAUUUAGAAAAUGAAGCGAUUCCUAAUUGUGCUUAUAUUGAAUACUUAAAUGAAAAAGUUGAUAAUUUAGUGGAAACUCUACAAGAAAAAGAUAUUAAUGAUUUGUCAAUAAAACUCAAUAUAGAUAAAAUAAAAGUUCUUUCAGAGUACUUCGAUGAUGUGAAUGCUCAAUAUAAACUUAUUUGUCAAUUUUUUUCAGAAAAAAUAGAACAAUUAGUUGAUUCUUUUGAAAAUUCAGUAUUGUCGAAUGAAUUUUGCAAAAGUAUUUCUAUAAUGACAAAAAUGUAUGAUGCAAAUACUAUUUUAGGCCGUCAUCUACAGACUUUCAACAUUGAAAAAAAAUAUUCUAAAAUGAAAGAUUUUUUUCUAAAUUAUUUAAACGGUUAUGUGAAAAAGUUUCAUGAGAUUUUUUUCAAGGAAAAACUUGAAUCAGCUGAUGUAGAAAACCUAAAUAAUUGCAUAUGUACACUGGAACAAGUAAUGAAUAUAUUUAAUCUCGAUUUGCAUAUCUCUAAAGUCGAUGUUAAUAAAAUUUAUGAAGAAUUUUCAUACAAACUUCUCAAUUAUUUCGAACAAAUUGUAGAGAAUAUAAAUAAUGAACUUAAAAAUAAACAUACAUUUUAUAGACUAGAGCAGCUUUUCAAAGAUUUAGACAGAUUACGGACUAUUUCAAGUAUUGCGCAUAAAUCCAAUCAAAUAUAUUAUAUUACUGUUGGAAAACUAGUAGAUCAUAUAAAUGAAACACGAAUAUAUGUUGAAGAACUUUUACGAAGUUUAUUUCGAAGAGAAGAAAAAAUUACUUAUGAUAAGAUGAUGAAAUGCUUAUCGAAUCUUCAAAAUGCACAUUGGAUAGAAAAUUAUAGAACACGAGCUUAUUCAGAAAUAAUAAAAGAUAUUGAGCAGCAAUUAAUUCAACACAUAAAAGAAUUAGAAAAAUCUAUAAUGAAAUCGGAUUUAGAUCUUGACAAUUUUACUAAGAUUUCCGAUGCUGCGAAAGUACUAACUGAAAUAGAUGAAAUGAGGCGUUUUGAAAAUUUUAUUCCGAUUCUAAAACAAUAUAUAGAUGAAAUUAACUCAAAAUUUCAAGGAAUAAUAAGUAAUGUGUUUAUCAUCAUCAAAGAUACACUCAAUUUAGGUAAAUCAAACGAACAAGUUUAUAAUACACUUGAUUAUCAUACAGCUGAAAAAGCACUUCUCUAUUUAGAUGCUUGUAAAACAUUCCAUAUUUUGAAAAAUGAUUCUGUAUUACUAUUGAACAGUUUAGAAAAUUAUAUAAGAAAUUAUAUUAGUUUUAUUAGAGAUGAAAUAAAAGGUUAUUUUGACGUAAUUAAGCAAAAUGAAAAUGAUAUAUCAAAUAAAAUUGAAGCAAUAUCAAGUCGUUUACAAGAUUUAGUAGAAAUAAAAACAACAUGUAAUCGUAUUUUUUCUUGUUUUCAUAAACCUAUCGAGAUGAUUAUUAAGGAUUGGAAAAAAUUAUUAUUAGAUUAUUCAACUGAAUUAUCUGAGGAAAUGGAUAUGUUAUAUUUAACACAAAGUAUUGAGCUUUUCGAUAAGAAAUUAUCAAUUAUAAAAAUAUUCAGUAACUUAGAUUGGUUCUUAGAAGAUGGAAAAUACAUGAAUACUUAUUAUAAAUAUCAAGAAAAACUUCUCUCACAAAUCCAUGAUAUUGAUAAGGAAAUAAUAGAUGCUAUUAAAAACUUUGAUUAUGAAUUACUCGAUGAAAAAAUGGUCACAUUACAAUCAUCAAACAAAGUUGAAAAACAUUUUUAUCAAAAAGCGAAACGAUCUCUUAGUAUAGGUUUAAAUCGAUUAAAGGAAGAUACAAAAGGAUUAACAGUGGUAUUUACUCAUAAUAUAGAAAAAGAACAAGUUAAAUUAAUAGUUGACAAUUUAAAACGACUAGAAAAAGCUAAGUUUGUCAUCGAAAAACAUUUAGAUGUUUCACACGCUAUAGAUGAAUUUAUUGAAGAAAUAAAGAAAUCGAUUGAAACAAAGAUGAAGUACUUUUUAGAUCAUAUAAAAGCUCUUGUUACAAAUUACAAUUUUAAUGAAGCUGAUCAGAAAAUAGAUACAGUUCUUUUGGUGCGUAAUCUAUUAGGAAAAUAUUGUAUGAAAAAUAUCUCAGAUCAAAUAGAAAUUUUACAAAACUAUGGAAAAAUAGUUGUAUUACCUGCUGUGAUAAACAAAUAUUCACAGAUGGAUAUUAGCGAAUAUACAUUGAAUCCACCAAAGAAUAUUUUUGAAAAACUUGCGAAUGUUAAUAGUACGAAUCAAAUUUAUAGUGAAGUUUUAGAUAAGCUUAGAAAAAUAAUUUUAGAAAAAUUUCGAAACGAAUUAGAACGAGCUAAAAUAAAACAAACAAUAGAUAUUACAAAUGAACAUAUAAGAAGAUUUGAAUCUGCUGUUAUAUAUUUACCUGAAUCAAUGAAAAAUGCUCUAGAAGUUGAAUUACACCACUGUACAGACGAUAUAAGACGUCUCAUACAAUAUAGUGAACUUAAAUUACAAGACUCAUCUAUUACUGAAGAAAUAGAUAAAAUCAAUAAUUGUUCAUUUGAGUAUCAAAAUUUACAAGUUAUUAAAUCGUAUUUUAACAAAGGAAAAGAGUUAGCUUCCAAACGGAUAGGCAAUAUUGUUGACAAAAUACAUCAAAACCUAGACAAACAAAAUAUUAUGGAAGUAUUAAAUGAUAUGAAAACAUUGUAUAAAUAUAAAACAGAAUUAAAUAUGUAUUUUAAUGAUAUUGAAACAAUAUACAUAGAAGUAGAUGUAGACAUAAUAUGUGUAUUUGAAGAUGCUUAUCAGUAUUUUUUAAAUCAAAUUGUAACUGGUCAUGAAGCAAAACUUAUAAAACCUAAUAAUGAUGUGUUAAAGAAAAGUUUUAUCUGUUUAUCUGAGUUCAUAAAAUUUAGAGAUGAUGUUCAGAAUGAACAAAUUUCGAAUUUCAUACUUCCGCAGGAUUUCGAUGAAAAAAUGAUAAGAUUAUCCGAAAGAAUAGCUACAUAUUCAGCUGAGCAGGAAAAAAAAUAUAAAGUUGCUCUUGAGAAUUUUGAUGUUGGAAGUCUGGUAGAUAUCCUUGACACUAUGAGCAUAUGUAAUUUUUUAUUAACGGAAAUACAAGUUUAUCACGGUCAACAUAUAAACAAAAACUCAAUCUUUAGCAGCAUAGUAGUAAAUUUAGAGAAACUCACAUCACGUCCGGAUAUGUUAGAAUCUGUAUGUGAAAAAAUUGAAAAUUUAGGAAAAGAGUUAAUUAACACUAUGCUAUUUGACAGUAAUAGAAAGUAUCAUACGAAAGAUCGAGAUGAGUUCUAUCGAAAAGUAGAUGAGAAAUUUUCUAUUCUAAGUCAAUCUAAAAGUUUUCGUCCACUUCAUCUAAGAAUUGAUGUAAAUAAGCUUGAAGAAGAAUGUUUACAAUCAAUCGAAAAACAAAUUUCGAUUGUUUAUUUGGAUGUCGAAAAAUUUUUAGAUAAUUUUUCACAAGAAAAAUUCUUAACAAGGCUAGACUAUGAGAAUUUCAAUACGAAUUUUUCUAAUUUGAUGUCGAUCGAACGAACAAUGGAAACAAUACAGUUUCGAAGAAAAAUAACUACUAAAAAAAUCAAAAAAAUAAUUCGUGAUAAAAUUAAAAUGUGGGAAAAUUCUAUUGAAAAAGAGCAAACGUUAGAAAAUAUUGCUAACAAUUUAAUAAAAAUGAAGCUCGUUUCAAUAAAUAUGCCUUGUCUGAACAUUAAUAUGCCAAAACGAAUAGAGGAAAUUCUAUCUGAUUUACGACCAGUAUUUAAGGAAACUGACUUUGCAACGUUAGCUGUGAUUGUAAAUGAAACAGGGUUCGAAUAA